AUGGAUAGAACUAGGGAUGAUGUGGCUGUAUUAGAUACACCACAAGAUUCUACUCAUGAGAUGACUAGUACACAGGUGCCUCGUCGUAGUGGGAGAAUUGUUCGGCCACCUAUAAGAUUUAUAAGUCUGGGAGAAACUUAUGAAGCUAUCCCAGAAGAGAUUGAACCUGAUCCUUACACUUAUGAAGAGGCAAUGAAAGAUAUAGAUGCACAUCAUUGGGUCAAAGCAAUGAAAUCUGAAUUGGAUUCCAUGUAUUCCAAUAAAGUUUGGGAUCUUGUAAAGGCGCCUAACGGCAUUAAACCUGUUGGUUGCAAAUGGGUUUACAAGAGGAAGAGAGGGAUAGCUGGAAAGAUUGAAACCUUUAAAGCAAAGCUAGCAGCGAAAGGGUAUACACAAAAAGAAGGUAUUGAUUAUGAAGAAACCUUUUCACCAGUAGCAAUGCUUAAAUCUAUCAGAAUUCUCUUAUUCAUCGCUACUCAUUAUGAUUAUGAGAUUUGA